AUGCUCGCAGCGGCGGGUCCAAUCUACAUUGGAGAGAUCACCGAGUCCCAUGUCCGCGGCAAGGUUAUGAGCUUCUGGCAGCUGUUCUUUUCUGUUGGGUCCUUCCUGGCGUAUUGGAUCAACUAUGGCGCUCAAGACCUUACAGGGGAAUGGGACUGGAAAAUAGUUGUGAUUUUCCAGCUGCUGAUGCCGGUCAUCGUCACCGUACAGCUUCCAUUUAUUCCAGAUCCCGAGAAGGUCGAAGAAGAACUUCUGGCUAUCCGACAAGCUAUCGAAUCUGAGAAAGAGGUACAGUCUAAGGGAUGGAGAGCAUAUUCUGCUCUUUUCAAAGAUGCCAGCAUCCGCAAGCGACUAUAUAUUGCCUUCUUUCUCAAUGUUGGCCAGCAGCUCAGUGGCCAAGGAACUCUCAACAGCUAUUCAUCAACUAUAUAUGCCAAGGUAUUUAAACGCGUCAAAACAAUUAACCUCAUCAACGCCCUCAAUGCCACAUUGGGUAUUUUUUUCACGCUUAAUGCUGUCUGGACCGUUGAUCGAUACGGCCGCCUAUUCCUUUUCCUUGUGGGCGCGUGCGGCAUGGCCCUCUGCACGAUGAUCAUCCCUAUCGUUGGUCUUACAACACCUGGCACUGAAGAUAAGAGCCGGCCGGUUGGUAUUGCGAUUACAUUCCUAGUCUUUCUGUUUGGCUUCUUUUACAAGCCAACCUGGGGUGCGACAACCUGGAUAUAUACUACCGAGAUCUUUCCACUCAAGAUCAGGGGUCCAGCUGUUGGCAUGAGUGUGCAAAUGCCUAACGUUGCCAAUGCAAUCUUCCAGCAAUUCUUUCCUACCUUCUACCAGAAUGAGGGCCUCAAGACGUUCUUCUUCUUUAUGAGCGUCAACAUUUGCCUAGCAAUUCUUGUCUUCUUUACCCUUCCCGAGACGAAGCGAGUCCCUCUCGAGGAAAUGGAUAGCCUCUUUGGUGGUGUCAGCCAUGUUGGGAAAGGUGCUGCUACCAUUCACGACGUCAACGCUGCAGACGCCAUCGGGGAACCUACUGAAAAAGCAAGCAUUCCUGUUCAAGUAACGGUCGCCACACUUGUCGAUAACGGCAAGAAAGUCUGA